AAAGGUAAAUGUAACGAAUUGCACACUGUCAUCCACUAGUGAUUAAGCAAAACGAAAUUGUUUAAAAGAAAACCGGUGCGAAAUCGUAAAUUAACUAGCUUUAGAUAAGCUAGUUUAACUGCAGCAGGCAUGAUGAAAGCCACGACGCAGAAUUUAAUAAAGCUGCGCGAGCUUAUGAAGCUCGCCUGUGCACCAGGCGUAAAUGGCAUAAGUGCAUAUGUAGUGCCGUCUGAUGAUCAACAUCAGAGCGAAUAUUUGUGCAGGCACGAUGAGCGCAGAGCUUUCAUAAGUGGGUUUACUGGAUCAGCGGGGACGGCAGUUGUAACAGAAGACAAGGCGCUCCUAUGGACAGACGGCCGUUAUUAUCAACAGGCAGAGAAGCAGUUGGACUCGAACUGGACUCUGAUGAAAGAUGGCUUAGCAACCACACCCUCAAUUGGAGCAUGGCUGGGUAAAAACUUGCCCAGUGGCAGUGCUGUGGGAGUAGAUCCACGUCUAUUCUCAUACCGUGUAGUCAAAGCGAUUGAGAAGGAGCUAAAUGCAGCCAACUGCAACUUGGUGGGCAUAGAGCGCAACUUGAUCGACGAUGUAUGGGGCGAUGACCAGCCACCGCGUACUUCAAACAAGAUUAUACCUCUUCCCCUGGAGUUGGCCGGCGAGACAAUUGCCAAAAAGUGGGAUCGCUUGCGUGAGCAAAUGAAUCAAAAAGGCGCAGGCGCUUUGAUUGUUAGUGCACUAGACGAGAUCGCUUGGUUCUUGAACAUGCGUGGCUCUGACAUUGAUUUCAAUCCCGUUUUCUUUGCCUAUAUGAUUAUAACCCUGGACGAUAUAGUGCUAUUUGUAGAUGCCAAUAAACUGCCCGAUAACUUUGAGCAACAUCAGAUUGAAAACAAUGUAAAGAUAACAAUACGACCCUAUGAAACGAUUGGCGAUGCCACAAAUCAAAUUGCCAACAACUGCACUGGCAAAACAUGGGUAUCACCCACCAGCUCAAUGUAUUUGAACGCGCUGAUACCAAAACCAACAAGACAUCAUGAUAUCACGCCCAUAGCGCUGUUCAAAGCGAUUAAGAACUGCAAAGAGGCAGAGGGAUUUAUCAACAGUCAUAUACGCGAUGGCGUCGCAUUGUGUCAAUACUUUGCCUGGUUGGAGCAAGCCAUUGCGAAUGGCGAGCAAGUCGAUGAAAUAUCUGGCGCUGAUAAGCUCGAAUCUUUCCGCAGCACUAAAGAUAACUAUAUGGGACUUAGUUUCAGCACGAUUAGCGCCUCGGGUCCCAAUGGCUCUGUUAUACACUACCAUCCAGAGAAGGAGACAAAUCGCAGCAUUAACGACAAGGAGGUUUAUCUAUGCGACUCCGGUGCACAGUACUUAGACGGUACUACAGAUGUGACACGCACAUUGCACUUUGGCAAUCCUACGGACUUCCAGAAGGAGGCCUAUACACGCGUGCUUAAAGGUCAAUUAACUUUGGGCUCUACUGUGUUUCCCACAUUAAUUAAGGGUCACUUCUUGGAUGCAUUGGCUAGAAAGUCGCUGUGGGAUGUAGGAUUAGACUAUGGACAUGGCACGGGUCAUGGUGUUGGGCACUUUUUAAAUGUGCAUGAGGGCCCCAUGGGCAUUGGCUUCCGUCUCAUGCCCGACGAUCCGGGUCUACAGCCCAACAUGUUCAUUUCCAACGAACCUGGCUACUAUCAGGAUGGCGAAUUUGGCAUCAGGAUUGAGGAUAUUGUGCAGAUUGUGCCGGCAACCUGCAAAUAUAAUUUUGCUAAUCGUGGCGCAUUAACCUUCAAAACCGUAACAAUGUGCCCCAAGCAGACCAAGAUGGUCAUCAAGGAGCUCCUUACUCCAGAGGAGGUACACCUCUUGAAUAGCUAUCAUCAGUUAGUGUGGGAUACGCUUUCCCCAUUGUUAAAGAAUGAUAAUCUAACCUUGGCCUGGCUAAAGAAGGAAACAAAAUCUAUUUAGUUAUGUAUUUGUUUCUUGAAAUAUCAUGUAUGCAUUUUGAUUAAAGCCUUUUAUAAAUAUAUUAUAUAAAAACAA